AUGCGUCGUUUGAAACGAUUGAUUUUAUUAGAUCCAAAUUCUGCUUCAUUCUGUGUACAAUUUCGACCUAAUGCUAAUGAUGAUGAAUAUUUUAUUUCCAUUAAAAAUGGUACUCUCGAUUUUUGGCAUGAACAAUUACGUCCAGAUCAUGAUGAUUAUGUAACGAUUAAUUUUAAUAAUGUACAACAAGGAAGAGAACAUAAUUUUAAUAAAUAUUUAUCAGAUGUAACGGAUACAUUAGAUCUUCCAUAUGAUUAUAAUUCAAAAAAUGGAUUAGCGACUAUUAUGACAGAAGAUCCUAAUGUUCGGAUAGGACAACGAUAUACAUUAAGUACUAAUGAUAUAGCAGAAAUUCAACGAUAUUAUCAACGUAGUUGA